GCCUGCUCUGUAGUACUCGGAAGGCAAUUUAAUCGUUUCAUUCCGAUCCCUCAUUCUCAUUCCUCAUUCCGUCUUCGCUCUUUGUCGCGUGGAGUGGUGUAUUUUCGUCGUCGGUGUUAAUUCCAGUUUGUAUGUUGGAAUCCACGUGUUUUUUUGUUUAUGUUCCGCAAUCUCAACAAAUUGGAUUACCCAUUGGAUUGAUCUCGGAUAUCUACGUUCAUAGAUAAAACGUCUGAACUGCAAGGUUUCAGUGGAAUAGUUCUGUUUGUAUAAUCAGAAAUUUACAAAAUGGUUUACGACUGUGGGUCCUUUAUGGCCAAAUAUGUGCUUUGCAUAUUCAAUUUCAUCAUAUUCUUAGCUGGCUCUACUGUUUUGGCCAUUGGGAUUUGGCUAGCGGUGGACAAGAACUCUUUUAUAGGACUCAGCAAAAUCGUUCCGAGCGAUCAAUUGCAGAAUUUCACCAAACCAGGAGUUAUAGAACAAGUCUCGUAUAUUCUAAUAGCAAUAGGGGCUCUUAUGUUUCUAGUGAGCUUCUUAGGAUAUUGUGGAGCUCUGAGGGAAUCUCAAUGUAUGCUAACAACGUACGGCAUACUUCUGCUGAUCAUUUUGAUUUUGGAAAUAACAGUAGGAUGUUUGGCAUUGAUCUACAAGGCUAAGGCUGAAGAGGAGACCAAGAACAUUUUGAAAUCGACACUUGUAAAGUAUAACCAAUCCGCGGAAAACGGCGACGCCAUAACUGUGGCUUGGGAUUCGUUGCAAGUUAGUUUACAUUGUUGUGGCGUCGACAACUAUACCGAUUACCAGAAGAACGACGCUUGGGCUAGGGGGAACAAAAUCGUCCCGGAAUCCUGCUGCGUAUUGGAUGACGUUACUUCAGCGCCGUUAGCCCCAACUUGCACCACCGCACCGAACGACGUUAAUUCUUAUUACAUGAAGGGCUGCUACAAAGCCGUAAUAGACUGGAUAAUGACCAACUUAAACAUCAUAAUUGGAAUAGCGAUUGGUUUCGGGGUUGUCGAAAUCCUCGGCAUAUUCUUAUCUUUCUGUUUAGCAAAAUCUAUAAACGGUUUCCGUAAAUAAAGGAAUAUUAAACUGUUGCGAUAACUCUUAAUGGGAUCAAACCUGAAGCCUACACCUAGGCUGUGAUACAAACAUUCAGAUUUCUAGUCGUAAUAUUAAAAUAAAAAUUGAUAGUAACAAAAUGCAGCCUAUAUGGAACUAUACUAAUAACUGCUCAUGUAUAUAUAUAUAUAUAUUUUUAGAUAGGUGGCUAUUAUUCAGAAUAAGAUAUUUACAGUCACUUUAGUGGUUUAAGAGAUGUGCCACUGUUUUUCUAUGUGUAGACAUAGGAUGUUUUUAUUUGGUUGACUGAAUGUUACUGAAAGGCUUUUAGCCCUAGUACCUGCUGAAUAAAUACAUAGUAACAUUCUGGGGACUGAAGCAACUGAUAUUCAAUUUAAAUCUCGGCUAUGCGACUGUAAGUAACUUACAGGUUCCACAGAAUUACCAAUCCUGAAAUGUUUGUGUCUGUUUUAUAUAUUUUUUAAUCCUUAAAAUCGUAAUAUAUUCUCAGUAUUAUUUUAGGUAUUAAAUAUAUAAGUAAUAUUACAAAGAGUUGUGCCUUUGUUGUGGUACUAUUUUCUAAGAUGUUGAUUGGAUUAAAAUUGAAGUGUUCGGAUCACUUAUAAGGUGUUAACAUUAGUUUUUGUAAGUGUUUUUAAUUAGUUACUAAAUCGCAAACAGAAAUAUAUUUAAUGUACAAUUUUUGUUAUACUUAGAAAUGUAGAUACAUCACAUUUGUAAAAUAAAG